UGGAUGAAUGCUGUCUGCACGUGCACCAUGGAGUCUCCACCCUUACAGGGAGCAAGGCCAACUGUAGCUGUACCAGUCCCGGCCUGCCUGCACCCUGGCCACGGCCGUCCGUGACGUUGCCAGUCCUGCCCCCCACCAGCCCGUCAAAAGUGUGUUUGUUCGCCGGCAUGCAGGAGGGAGGCAGGCUCUGGCCUUUUGUUUACUUGACAUUGCUGACCCUUGUUCCUCUCAUAAUGCAUGGGGACAAAAGGCAUUGUCUCCCCCAUUCCACAAAAGGAGGCGCUCUCCCAGGGCCUCCCAUCUUUUCUCACACUCCUGUUGCUCUGAGGAUGCCAUUGACAGAGUAGGGCAGUGCCGCUAUUGGUACAGGCUACUCUCCACAAUCGGCGAAAGCUCCGCCCUGUCGGCAGGCAUUCUGGGACUGAGGGCCUGCUCAUUGAACACAUAAGAGCCCUGUGACCGCUUUCCAAGAGCCGCACAGGUGGGUGUGCGCAGGAUGAAUCGAGAGAGUUUUAUCCAAAGAACCCUGUAAUCUUCGGUAUCCGUUGUUUGUCGUCCUCUUUUUCGGCCUGGAAGAUGGAAAGCGACAAAGGACUGAAACCGGACGCCCUCGAUUCCACGGAUCAGAGGCCGUGUGUUCUCCUCGUCCCGUUGGACAAACCCGCUCCUCCAACAAGUUGUUAUGACUGCUGUGUGCGCUGCUUGGGUGGGGUGCCCUACACGUCCCUGGUGGCCACCCUGAUGUGCUUCUCGGGCAUCGCGCUGUUCUGCGGCUGUGGGCACCAGGCGCUGGCUGAGACGGAGCGGCUCAUCGAAACAUACUUCGCCCGCAACCUGCAGGACUACAUCACCCUGGCCUACCUUAUCCAGUAUUUCCAGUACAUUAUCUAUGGCCUGGCCUCUUUCUUCUUCCUCUACUGCAUCCUGUUACUGGCAGAGGGCUUUUACACCACCAGUGCGGUCAAGCAGACUUUCGGGGAGUUCCGUAGCACGGUGUGCGGGCGCUGCCUCAGCACCACGUUCAUCGUGGUGACCUACGUCCUGGCCGUCAUCUGGCUCUUGGUUUUCGCCAUCUCAGCACUGCCUGUGUACUUCUUCUACAACAUGGCUACCACCUGCCACACCAUUGACGAGCUGUCUGAGACGGCCACCAGCAUCAACCAGCUGUGCAUAGAUGCCAGGCAGUAUGGAUUGCUGCCCUGGGACGCAUUGCCGGGAAAAGCUUGCGGAAUGACCCUGUCGACUGUUUGCCAAACGAGGGAGUUCUUCCUGACCUAUGACCUCUACAUAGCCGCCUUUGCCGGAGCAGGGAUCACACUGUUGGCACUGCUCACCUACAUGGUCUCCACCACCUAUAACUUUGCUGUUCUGAGGUAUCUGGGCAGAAAGGGCAUAGGCACGCGGUGUUAGGGUCUCUACGCAAUCUCCACUGUCCCGUUGACCAGCCCCGAGGGGAACCGCCAAAUUCUCACGCCCCUCCUUCACGUCUGCAAACUUCCACAUGUGGGACUACUGCACUACAAUGCUCAAAGGGUACUCCGGGACUUGCAUGGAUGAAUUGUGUCUCAGUUGGAAGAGAGAGCUGAGAAAUUAGCGCCUCCGGCCUCACACAAAGCCCCCUCCUCCACCCCCCCCCCCCACUCCUCUGCUGUCUGCUCAAAAUGGAGGGUGAUGCUGGAGAGUGCAUUUACAAGGCACGGUAAUAAGCACCGUGGCUUCUUUUCUUUAGAUGCUGCUUGUAAACCUUGUUUUAUUGUUUUGAGAUUUUAAACAGUGCUCUUCGGUUCAAUCGUGUUGCCAUUGCUGUUAGACAGUUGUAGGGUGUCGCAUGUCUUGUUGUUGUCCUCUCUCUCUUUGUUUUAAUAUGUGUUUCUCAAAUGGUUUCUUCUAGCUGUACCUCUCGUUUGUGGGAAAACCGGCCAGUGCCAGAUUUAUUAUGUGUUUGUGCCACAGACUGUGCUAUUGAAAUGAUGUACGUACCAGAUGAUGAGAUGCACCAGAAACAAUAAGUUGACAAAUGGGAGCUAGGGAAAGGUCCACAAUUCACGGUCUCUCUCUCACGCACAGACGCACACACUUUUCUGCACACUUUUAUGCGCGCACGCACAAAAGACAAACUCGGUAGUGAACUUUUUGUUGCCAUGGCGAUCGCUCACAUCUGGUUGCCAUGGCACCAGACUGCCUGUGUUUGCAGUCUGAUCCUUACCCCAGAUCACUUCUCACAGCCUCCAGCGAGCCCUAAAGCAGCUCCCACAAUAGGACGGGGCGUUGCUGGUCUGAGGGGCAAUUGUAGGGGGUGUCCCAUGACCGGCCUGUCACUGGGCUCGGCGUGAGGGUCAGUGGGAAAGGCCCGGCGCACAAAGACAGGCCUGAAGCCUUUCAGCGAGGCUGAAUAGAGCCCUUCUCCAACCGGCACAAUGUCGGAAUCAAACGCCUUGUUAUAAUGACAGUUUCGGGGAGAGGAAUGGAGAAGGGAACAGGAUCAGGGGGAGGGGACGGAAUUAACCACCUCGCCUCCUUUCUUUAACGCGGAGGCAGAUGGACACACACGUAGGCAGUGCUCGCUGUUCUUUAGCUAGAUUGUUAGCAGUCUAAAGAAAAUGGUGGGGGGGGGGGGGGGGGAGGGAAAUCCAGUCUAUUUUUGUAUGUGGCAUUGAAGAGCUUCCAUCUCUGAUCGUGUAGCUAUAUAAAAUGCCUAUGAAUCAAACCACUUCAAGGGCCGUUUGCGGCGGAGUCCUGUAGUGCUAUAGCUCGGCAGCUGCCAUGUGUAACUCCCUUAAAUGUGGGUAGGUGGUAAUGAAGUGCACUUGAUAUGAGUCAUGUAAUAGUACAGUGUUCAAACUACAUCCCAUUGUUUUCACUGUGAUUUUACCAUUAGUAUUGUAAGUACUUCUUAAUGUGUAACUGUGCGUCUUUUUAAAUAAAUUGUACUAAACUACUCUA